AUGGGCAUUCUUGACGUGAGUGAAAUGAAUCCUGAGACUUACGAGACGAUCACACAAGCAUGGAUCUGGUCAAAUAAAAAGCAACAGAUUCCAGUUUCAACCAGUACAACAACACGAACGAAUUCACUAAAACGUCGAAGUAACGCACAACGUGCACUUCGAAAAAGUUGCAGUGAACGACCACUAACUUCCCCACAACUUGGUCUUGAAUUACUUUCAACAACUGCUAGUGCUAAUAUCUUGGAUACUGAGACUCGAGAAUUUCUAAAUGAAAAUGAAGAAGAACGACGUCAACGAAUUACUGCACGAGCUGAAGAAAUUUUACGUGGUAAACGUUGUGUUGGAAUGUUACUUGGUACGACUUGUCCAGUGUGUUUAAUGGAUGAUGUGGAUACUCAACUAUCGGAAUGUGGGCAUUUGAUUCAUGCUAAGUGUAUUAAACGUUGGAUUCAAUCUGGUACAUGUUGUCCUGUAUGUCGAAAAGAAGUUUUUAAUGUGGAUCAAGCUUUUCGAUCUCCAGUCAAAGAAUUACAUACAAUGACAAAAGAUUAUCGAACAUCUUCUUCUCAAACUACAGAAUUACCAGAAGAUAUCGAUCAAGGUUACGAUUGGGGAUGGUUUGAAGACUUUGAAGAGAUUGAUGACUUUUCAGACAUUAGUGAGAGAAAUGGCAUGUUGUACUCAUCCCGUCGAUCAUUUCCAACGUUUCCUGUUUCGACGACACAAAUGGUACAAAAAGACUUGUCGUCCAAUUUUGAUAUGUGUCGUACAUUUCCACCUUUACAUGAAAUUUAUGACACACCUUAUCACCAAAGUCAAUACUCUUGGCUUCGUGUGUUACCAUCGCAUCGUCAUAUUGCUGCAAAGAUUCAGAUCCGAAGUUUUCGAAUUGUCGAAGUAAAAGACUCAAAAGUGCAACAUGCUGAGUAUUUAAUUGAAAUGCAACUCGAUGGGCGAUACUUUAGUGGCUGGCGUCGUUUUUCCGAUAUUUCCCGAUUUGUGCACACAUUGGACCAAAACCGGUAUCGACAAACUUUAGCAGCUUGGCAACCUCUUGUUUCUUCGAGUCGAUGGUUUAAUCGCCUUGAACUCAGCUACUUACACAAACGAUGUCGUCUACUUGAACAAUUUGCACAUGCUUUGCUGAUUGAGUGUUCAAAUGCGAAUCCGCUUGCCGAGUUGCUCGAGUGCUAA